CAGGCAAAGCUUGGCUUGCAGAUGAAUUCGCUCAUUUUGAGCGGCACGGCGGGAGGGCGGCUUCGGAACAACUUUGCAGACUACAGGAUCGUCUGCGAAUAGCGGGGUGCCAGGCUCCGCCUCCCAUGCAGCCAAAACGGAAAGCCGAGCGUGCACGUGCACAGAUCCAACUGCCGGCAAAAAACACGCUGUCGGCCGGACGCGACGCGUCCAGCCAGGAACAGCCAGAAACCGCAAAUCCCGGCACGGCAGCGGGACUCGGGUCAAUUCCACACAGGCCUUGCAUCCAUGCUCCGGCCCCGCGAAUAUCAAAACCAUGUGAGCGCUGGCCAGACCGCACACCUAACGACAUGGCCGCCCACGUCUCCAUCCCGACUACUGCCCGCCUGCCCGGCUCCCUGCGCCUCGAGCCCUCCCACCCCGUCGUCGCCAAGUUGAUCGGCCGUCUGUCGCGCGCCUCGCUCCUCGCCCUCGCCGUCCAUUGGCUCAACGACACCGACGACCCCCUGCUCAGUGCCCCCUACCUGCGACCCCCUAGGAGGAGAACGGGGAGGUUCCGGCGCAAGAGCGGGAGGUCCAGCGAUGGCUCUGGCGGCGGCAGCGCGGAUGCAAACGAGAUUGUACUCGACGACUCGGACGAGCAAAACGACGGGGACGAUGAUGACGAUGACGAGGGAAGCAUGUACCCGGCUUCUCGCACCAUAGACGACCUCCGCGAGGUCUAUGCACAACUGCAGGCCGGCAACACGCGCGGGUCACGCCGUGAGCUAGCCGACCGCAUCCUCGAGGGCGACUGGCGCCGCGGCCUGACACUUCACCAACUCGCAAUGGCCGACCUACAGUACCUGCACGACCACCCGCUGUCGCAGCGCUGGUCCGCCUUCAGGGUUGUUUCGCUCAAGCUGCGGCCCGAGAAUCCAGCCCAAGAAAACGACUAUGAGCCGCUCCUCGAGGUCGACGGCGCGUCGCUCCUUAUCCCGCGCAUUCACCCGCCAUCGUUCCUACGCUCGCUCCAGGGCUUGCUGCCACCUGACGUCAAGACGCACUGUGCCUUCGAGCGUCACCGGGACCUGCCCGUCCUACUCCUCCGCAUCUUCAUCUUCGACACCCCCUACGCCACCGAGCUGGCGGCCGGGGGCAGGGGUCGCCGGGGGAAGCGAAAACGACGGCGAGGAGGCGGGGAUGGCGACGACGAUAGCCAAGCAAACGCCGGAGGAGACGCCACCAUGCCACCUAGCAAUUUUGAUACGGCCCGCACCGUCUAUGUGGCGUUUCCGGACGCCUCGGCCCACAUCUACGUCUCGGCCGCCACUACUACCUCCGCCUCCACCAUGACCGCGUCAUCAGCCAGCGCAGGCGGCGGCGAUGCCAAGAGCCUGCGUUCCCUCGUGGUCGAGGGCAUCCCCAAGGCGCUGUCCCGACCGGGCGAGCGCUACGCUCUCAGGCCGACAAGCCUCUCGACCAGGAACAUGGCCGAACUUGUCGACCGGCGUGGAGGUGGUCGCGGCGGGAGCGGCAGCGCAGGAGGCGGCUGGGGCAGCGCCUACGGGGAUGAGAAAGUCCGCGAAUCGCCGCUUGACUCGGCCUUGCCAACCCCGCCCCUCUCGUCGGCCGUCUCUGAGGACGAGGGCGGCGAUGGUGUUUCGAAGGGGGGCGCGGCCCGGAUAAAAUUGAGAGGGGCUGCCGCUGCCCUGUCGGCAGAGGAACGCGCCGCGAAACGGAGGAGACUAGUAGCGCGCGCCCGGUUCGGAACGUCGAGCCUGGUCGGUGAUGGGCUGGGCGUGGAGCGGGUCGACGUUGCCAUCGAGGACACAUUUCCCCAACCGUCGUCCACCGCGGCAGCUGGUGCCGAGGCCGGGCGUCGUCCUCGAAAUGCUGGCCGAGGAAGACAGGCCGGGGGUCGGCGGAGCACCCUGGAUGCGGCACUGGAGCGGGAGGCUGCGCUGCUAGUAGAGAGCGAUAGCAACGAUGACGACGAUGGUGGCGGCGGUGGGGAGGAGCAAGCGGCAGGAGAAGGCGACAACUCCACAGCAGCACAACCGCCGUCCAAGUCCGGGUGGCGCCCGGGCGUCAAGCUGACGUUUCGCGGCAGCCACGUGUUUGCGGGGAUCAGGCAGCUGGUCGAGGCCGGGGCCAUCGACGGCGAGCGCAUGCCGGGCUGGAUGACGGGCGAGGAGGGCGUCACGAUCGGGGCGGUGAGGCACGGGCGCAUCAGGGGUCACAAGGGUUCGGGGCUAUGAUAUGAUAUGAUACCACGGGUUUGUUCUUCUUGCUUGUAUGUGGCUUGUUUAGCUACGCGAUCAUUAUAUGGGAGGUUGUCAGCGUGUAUUUAUUAAAAUCAGCAUAUAGUAUAUGUCUCUAUGGCUUCAUUCACGUCGACCACACCGCCGCCUUUUUGCGCCCAACACACCAGUGCUGCUUUCCAUCCGAGA